AUUUCAAACAAGAACUUUGAGAACAGAAUUAAGAAAGAUCCCUGGAAAAACUAUGAUAAACAGGAUCUACAUCAGUUAGUAACAAACCUUGUCAAGUUCGAGUCUGAUCCGGAUCUAGUUGUAAAAUCUGAAGGUUCAGAGAAGAUUAUGGUUAAGGAGGAUGUCAACAUAUCUUCAUUUAUGGCCCAGAUUGUUCCAAGCUGUGAUCGUAUGUUCCUCUACUGUGAAUGGCAAGGGAAAAAAGUUGAAUGCAAAGACUUUAUUGACAUGAGAAAAACAGAUUCUGGAUUCUGCUGUUCAUUUAACACCAUCAAUAUUGCUGACAACUUUGAGAAGGAGCAAAGUAGUGAAGGUGUGGAUGAAGAUUAUUACAGUGACUAUGGUGAUGAUUACUCUGAUGGAAAUUACGAUGAAGAACCUAAUUCUUCAACUGAAGAUACCACUUCAAACGGUGAAGAUAGCACAAAUACUCCAGGUGCCAGUGAAGAUAGUUCAAGCACUUCAGAAGGCACAGCAGAUUCUCAGACCUCCCCUCCUUUCAAAUAUCAUGGGGUCCUUGCUGGCUAUGAGAAAGAUCCUGACAAUUUGUGUUUAAACAAACCUAAACCCCCAAAACCAGAGUCAACUAGAGAAGCUACUCCAUCUGUGGCUCCAACAAAACCGAUGAAUGUGACCAAGAAGGAGAAUGUAAUAUAUCAUACAAACCUUGCUGGUCCCAAUCUUGGGUUCUCCUUUGUUGUUGAUCCAAAUUUUGCGGACGAAUUUGUUAAUGAAUGGGAUGAACACACUUCAACUAAUUUUUUCACUGGGUUUAAGGUUCUGAUUCAUUCUCCUGAUGAGUUCCCAGAGGUAUCAACUAAAUCAAUCCCCAUCAAUGGAGGAACAGAGACAUUUAUUGCAUUGUCUGCACAAGUUACAAAAUCAACGGAAAGUGUGGAAUCAAUGUCCACUACAAGAAGAGAUUGUCUCCUGGGAAAUGAGAUCAAUGUACCGGAAUUAAAUGUGAACCUCAAUGUUUUCAAGUCUUACAGUCAGGCCAACUGCUUGCUGGAAUGUCGAGCUGCAGCUACCCUUCAUCUCUGCAACUGCUUGAUGUAUUACUUUCCUCAAUUUCCAAAGAAAUUUGUUGCUGCAUACAUGACUGAGGGGAACAACACAGCAUGCACUUUUGACCAGCUUCAGUGCUUAAUUAAGGAAAGAGGCCUGUUAAAUGCAAAUGUUGGAAAGACAAAAGACAAAGUGACUGGACACCCUGGAGUUCUAGAUGGAAUUAUCUGUGAUUGUCCUGAUGACUGUGAUCAAACAUUGUAUACUCAGGAAAUCACUUCAGUUGCACUUGUGGAUAACAAUAAUGCAUGGUUCAGCAAGAUACUUUGCAAUCGAGGUGGAAAUUGUACUGCUUCAAACCAGAUCUACAAGCAGGAGUAUGAUGCCUUUGACCAAUACUAUGAUCGGGAUAGUUGUGUUGAAGAGACUUUCAAGAAGAAGAUGUUAAAAAACUCCUUGGUUCAUGUAUUUUUCAAACAAGUUGGGGUGACCAAGUAUUCAAAGGACCAGCUGUUUGGUUGGGUAGAUAUCCUGGCACUGGUGGGAGGAACCUUUGGUCUCUGCAAUGGGUUCUGUUUACUGAGUGGAAUGGAAGUUCUUUACUUCAUCUUCCUACACAGAUAUCUAAAGAAGAAAGACUAGGAAAGAAGAUGGUGGAUAUAGCAAGCUGGAUUUGAAUAAUGCUAAUAAAUUACAACAGCACA